UAGUGCCAACCCGGAUUACUUGCCAACUUCACUCUAAUAAAUCUUGAAGUGCUUUAAGGACUUUACCUGAAUAAGGGAUUGUGAAAGAUUAAAUAGAAAAACGUUUGAUAUUAAAAAAAUUCAAUAUAUAUGUCAGAUAUGAUCAAUUUGACGUUUUCAAAAAAUAAUGCCUUUAUAUGGAACGCGGACGAUUGGCUAAGACUGCGGAAAGAUCAUAGAAUAACUGGAGAAUUAGUGGGCUGUCUACCAAAAUAUCCCCGGCAAGAAGUACUUUCAGGUCUUCCAUUGCUCUUGUUGCCAGAAGAAGUCUCUCUUUUAUUAGAAAAAAAAAUUGCACGUGUUGUUAAGUAUUCGCAUUUACAAUACCCACCGAGCGAAUCGUUAAAAGAAACCUUUGACAAGUAUAGAGAGAUAUUGUUUAUGGAACAGGAAAAAUGCUUGAAGAAAGAAAAAGAAAAACAGAUUGUAGCAAUGAUGGAUAAAAUAGUGGAAGGAAAAAGACGAAAAAUGUUAGGGAUAGAAACAAAUAAGAAAAAAAUGCGAAAACCUUUGGAUAAAGAUUUGCAAGAAGCUUUAAACAAUGUAGAAGUAAAUACUAAAGAUCUCUUUGACGAACAAAUGUCAAAAUUGCCUAAAUUAGAAAAAAGUGAAGCACUUGUACAGACGCAUACGGCUUAUCCAUGGUGUAAUGGGGGUAACUUUGAAAUAGUUGAAUGGAAAUAUCCUAAUAGCGUACAAGAAAAACUUCGAUAUGCGACAUUUAAAGACCUUUGGGAACGAGGUUAUUACAUAACGAAUGGAGAAAAGUUCGGUGGCGACUUCCUAGUGUAUCCAGGCGAUCCGAUUAUGUUUCAUUCUCAAUUUAUAAUUCAAUGCAAAAGCAGAAACGAGGAAAUACCUAUCACAGAGCUUAUUGGGCAAUGUCGUAUUGCAAGUCACGUUAGGAAAACCCAAAUAUUGGCCACAUUCUCUGAAGGUGGUAAAAGUGUAAAUUAUCAAUCAUUUCAGUGGGCUGAAAAUAGAUAGGAGCGAUUGUAAAGUAGUAUACGUAAUUAAUAAUCGUAUAAAUUAAAUUCUCUCUCUCUCUCUCUCUCUCUCUACUUAUAUUGUAAUAUUAUUAGAAAUCUGUUAUCAGGGACUUUUCUGUUUGACAAACGAUCAAAAAAUAUUAAAUAAUUGCGUUAUGCGUUGUUUAUAUUAUCUGAAUUAAUCAUAUAUUCUCCUCUGUACGAAUUACUUAAUAAAAUUCUCUGGUCUAAA